CCUACAACUACCCGCCACUUUACGUCACUUUUCCAAUUGCAAACAAACAGCCUGUUAACUUCUCUUUGUUUGUCUCUCUCUCUCUUUCUCAGAGAAAAAGUCGUAAUAGUAAUGAAAAGUCCUCAACCACUUUAUGGGCGACGGAACCCCAGCACGGGCAUUGGGUCAACGCCGGACCGCUUCUCUUAUUCGCCCAGUUCAUCCUACUCUGAGGCAUCAACCGUCCGCAAGACUGCCAAGAACACCGCGGCCGUUGUCGCCAGAUCGGUGGCGGGAGUCUUUGUUGCUUGCUUCACUCCUCCUGAAACCACUAGCUCCAAGAGUUUUGUUGACUCUCGCGAAUUUAAAACUACUACUACGGGAUUAUCGGAUGCUUCAAGAACUAGUAGUACGGGGAGCCGAGGUUCAAGUCGUGGUGUUUAUGCUAAUUCAUACAAUUCAACUCAUAGCAGAGAGCCUGGAAAUGUACAGUUCACCAUGGAGGAAAUCUACAAGGCCACUAGGAACUUCUCCCCUUCGUUCAAGAUUGGACAAGGUGGAUUUGGAACUGUUUACAAGGGCAGAUUGGAUGAUGGAAAUGUUGUUGCAAUUAAGCGAGCUAAGAAGAGCCUAUAUGAUAAGCAUUUGGGUGUGGAAUUUCAAAGUGAAAUUCGAACACUAGCACAGGUGGAGCAUUUGAAUUUAGUCAAGUUUUAUGGGUACUUAGAGUACCGAGAUGAAAGAAUUGUUAUUGUGGAGUAUGUUCCAAAUGGAACUCUCAGGGAACACUUGGAUUGUGUGCAUGGCAACAUUCUUGACCUUGCUGCACGAUUAGAUAUUGCAAUUGAUGUAGCACAUGCUAUUACCUAUCUUCAUAUGUAUACAGAUCACCCAAUCAUUCAUAGAGACAUAAAGUCUUCCAACAUUUUGCUAACUGAAAACUUUCGAGCCAAGGUAACAGACUUUGGUUUUGCAAGAUUGGCAGCUGACACUGAUUCAGGCGCAACCCAUGUGUCAACCCAAGUUAAAGGAACUGCCGGUUACUUGGACCCAGAAUACCUCAGAACCUAUCAACUUACAGAGAAGAGUGACGUUUAUUCAUUUGGUGUGUUACUAGUUGAAUUAGUCUCAGGCAGGCGCCCAAUUGAACCUAGAAGGGAACUCAAGGAGAGGAUAACUGCAAAAUGGGCGAUGAACAAGUUCACUGAUGGAGAUGCCAUUUCAACAUUGGACCCAAAGCUAGAACAAACUGAUGCAAACAACUUGGCCCUUGAAAAAGUUCUUGAACUAGCAUUGCAAUGCCUGGCUCCACGCAGACAGAAUCGGCCAAGCAUGAGAAGAUGUGCAGAGAUCCUAUGGAGCAUUCGUAAGGAUUACAGAGAGCUUUCAGCUUCAGACAUCCGUUUACUACCCUCUUAUUCCCAGAGGAGCGCUUCAAUAAAAGAAAAAUAAGUAGGAAAUGACAGACCAAGAAUGGAUCCAAGGUUUAAAUGGCCAUUUUGGUGAAGUACAUUCAGCUUGCAUCAAGGCAUGCAAAUAGAAAUACUUGAAGAUCAAGAAAUACGCGGACUUCAAUCAAACCAACCAAUUGAAAAUCGUGAAAAAAAAGGUAGUGAAAGGAAGCCUAUUACUUCCAGGAAACAGAUGUGAAAAUAGUGUUUUACUUGUUGCUGGCAUAUGUAGAGGAUUAUUUUUCUUGAGGUUUGGCUUGUGUAUGGGAAACUCAUUUAAACAAUGGGAGUUUCUUUGCUUCUUACUAGUGUGUACUUUUCUUUUUUUUCUUGAUUAUUGAUUUGCUCAGGAGAAUUUGUAAUAAUUUUGAAGCCGAUCUGUAUUUUAUCUAGUAGAUAUUCUUGUAUGUAUAUGGAAUUAGCAGAGGGAAAAAUGUUUUGAGUCAUCUUCUAACA